UUGGUCUAGUUAAAUUUGUGUCCCAAAAAAGAAAAUGAUUAAAAUGUAAUUUUGUUGUGUGGGGAAAAGUGGUGCGCAAAAGAAAGAAGAGAAAGCCAAGAAAUGGCGUUGCAAGCUGGUGUUACCUCCUCCAAGGUUCUCAUUCUCGUCGGUGCAGGUUUGACUGGUUCGAUUGUUUUAAGGAGUGGAAGAUUGUCUGAUCUUAUACUGCAGCUUCAGGAGUUGCUCACAGGUGUAAAUGACGCUGAGAUUUCGAAUAACAAAUUUGAUAGUACACUUAUUGCCGCACAGAUCCGUCAACUGGCACAAGAGAUCAGGGAGUUAAGCUUAUCGGGCCCUGUAACUGUGUUCAAUGGGAAAUCCACCUCUAGUGGGAGUUAUGCUUCUUACAUUGUGCCAGCUGCUGCACUUGGUGCAGUGGGAUAUUGUUACAUGUGGUGGAAGGGCUGGUCAUUCUCUGAUGUAAUGUUUGUGACAAAGCAUAAUAUGGCGAAUGCUGUUGCAACUGUGUCAAAGCAAUUAGAGCAUGUUCAUGAAGCUUUAGCUUCAACAAAGAAGCAUCUGACAAAGAGGCUGGAAACCUUGGAUUGGAAGGUAGAGGAGCAGAAGGAAAUAUCUCAGCAAAUAGCAAAUGAUGUAAAUGAAGUAAAGUCGAGCCUUUCUCAAAUUGAUUUUGAUGUGGAAAUAAUCCAUCAAAUGGUAUCAGGGUUGGAAGGAAAACUUGAGCUUCUUGAGAGCAAACAGGAUAUGACAAACUCUGGUCUCUGGUAUCUAUGCCAAGUAGCUGAAGGUUUUAAAGAUACGCUGGACACUAAACCAUUUAAGGAUGUCUCUGCAACUUUAGCAAAACAUUCAACAAUAAAAUUUGAGGAGAAAACAGUCAAGGGCCUCCAAUUCAUUGCUGAAGCUGAAGAGCCAAGUGUGAUUGAGAAAUCAACGACAAGCUCGAACAAAGACGGCCUCAGCAACUUCCAUGUGGAAAAAGCCCCACUGCUGAAAACAAGAAUACACCGGUCAUACCCUGUACGGAUUUCUCUGACCAAAGACAUUUUGGGUUCUGAUGUGUGAUUCUUUUUUUUUUGGUUGUCUUGAGCAUAUGAUUACAUUUUGUAAGUGGAAAUCUUUCUAAUUCAUUCCACCAUCAAAAGUUUGUUGUUAUUGAUGAACAUGUAUAUUUAUAUUCCACUCCCACUUGGAGAUGGAAAACAACACACAAAUUUCAGUAA